AGCCAUUCUGGCUGAAAAUGCCGAGUUGCGAAUCCAAAGAUGGAGAAUGCUGAGCCGCAAACGAGCUCAGAGCUCUCACCGGCCAAGCCGAAAUGCGUGGAGGUGGAUGUGGUGGAUGUGGUAGGAGACAAGGAGGUGGAUGUCGCCAAUAAGGGCUCCGAGGAGUGCGACAAUGUGAAUGCGAAGACGCCAGACACCAAGAGCCGCAGCCGGGUCCCCCGGCCGUACUUGGAGAUCGACACCGAGGAGGAUGAGUUGAACUCGCCGGAGUACUUCGAAAGGCGUAUUUCGCUGGAUGUGACGCCAUUGUCGUGUAAAUCCACCGGCAGCUCUGCCGAAUAUCAUCAGCCCAACCAGACCAUCAUCAUCUUCGAUUGGGAUGACACGAUCUGUCCCUCGACCACAUGCAUGCGCCAGCAUGGGCUCUCUGUGCUUGGCCCUCGGCCCAGCGUCGAGCUUGCCUCGCGCCUGGAAGUCUUGGCGAAUGAGGCGCGGCACGUGAUCGACGUGGCUGCGAGCUUGGCCGACAAGGUAGUGGUGGUCACCAAUGCCGAGGAAGGUUGGGUGGAAAUGAGUUGCAGGGCAUGGCUACCCAGCCUGCUGGAGACCGUGUCCAAGUGUGAGGUGGCUUCUGCACGGUCGCAGUUCGAGCCCACUGGUGUCACGUCACCUGCUGGAUGGAAGGCUCGUUGCUUCGAAGAGGUCAUCGAAGGCUUCUACCAGCGAUACCCCAACCAGUCGUGGAAGAACAUCAUCAGCAUCGGCGACGCUCCGCAUGAGCGGGAGGCCUUGGCGCGCGUCGUCCGCAUGGCGCCGAUCUUCAGAGGGAAGCGCUGCCGGGCGAAGAGCGUGAAGUUCGUGCUGCGGCCCACGAUCGAGCAGCUGGUGCGGGAGCUUCACCUGCUCCGUGAGAGCCUCCGUGAGAUCGUGGUGCACGAUGAUGACCUAGAUAUGCACUUUUGUACCGAGACCUUUGCAGAUACCCUGAGCUGAGUGCCGUGUGAAAAUCACACCCCCGUCGUGCGCCCAGCCAAUCCCAAAGAGGUCGCGAUAGAUCCCGGAAGGGUUUGAUCGGACACGCGAUGUCCAA